CCUGCCAUCGCUGAACAGCUGAUCGAUUGUUUCCAAAUUGCCGCAGAAAAAUGGAUGACGUCGCCACCGCACAGAGCGAGAAUGAGAAUUUGCGGAAGAUUCGCAACCGCCUUAUGCAGUGGGAGUCCAAAACGGACCCGCUGGCGGCGCUAAGUAUUCAGCAGGAAGAGCACCUGGACGUUCUUACCAGUUUGUGGCGCGACAGUGGACCAUCGGCAACGGCUCCGACCACGCCCACCCAGUCCAACCAAUUGGAGGUGGUGGCAGAAACUCCUCCACAAAACAGCGACGACAUCGAACUGCCAUCUGGGGGACUGCAGAACACCAACGACUUUCUGCUCUGGUUCGCAGACGUCAGCGCCGAGAUCGAGCAACGUGGCGACGCCGAUUACCACAAAUACCUGCAUCAGCUGGAGCAGCGUAAGGCCGAGUGCUCCCACAUGCUGGACCAGAUCGCGGGCGCUAUGGAGCGACUGGGUGCCCUGUGCGACGAGUACGACUUUGUGUCACAGAAGACGAGCGCUCUGAACACGGCCAGCGAGCAGCUAAUCGAGGAGCAGGAGAAGCUGCAGGACCUGAGCCACGAGAUCCAGCGCAGGCUGCACUAUUUCAGCCAGGUGGAGCUGCUCAACCAGCGCCUGCAGAGCCCCACGCUUUCGGUGGCCAGCGAAUCGUUCCGAGAGUGUCUCAACAAGAUCGACGAAUGCCUGAACUACAUCGAGGAGAACCCCAAAUUCAAAGACGCAGCCGCCUACAACGUUAAGUACAGGCAGUGCCUGGCUAAAGCCUCGGGUCUUGUGCGCAACUAUGUGACCGCAGUGAUCAAUCAAGCCACCGAGGCCACCCUUCAUCCAAAAAACAAUUUGCCAGAUGCCUCCUCGGCCCUCAAGGCGCCGGAUGCUGCCUUCGCCUUGUAUUACGGAAAGUAUCAGACGGCUGCGGCAAAAGUGAAGCGGGUGGCCCAGCUAAUCGAGUCGCGUGCGGAGCACAGCCAGGACUACGCCCAGUUAAUGGCGGACCUGCAGCAGCACUACUUAGCCCAGCGGGCCAGCGUAAUGUCGCCGGCGGUGAAUCUGUCCAUACAAAACGUCAAAAUUGCCCACAAGGGUGAUCACUGUUCGCUGACCCGCAGUGCCUGUGCCUUUCUGGUGCACGUUUGUCAGGACGAACAGCGUCUUUUCUACCAGUUUUUUAGCACAGGAGCUCCACAUCUGACGGUUUACCUAGAGGGCUUGUGCACGAUUCUCUACGACACCAUGCGGCCCUUUAUCAUUCACAUCAACCACUUGGAAACGCUGGCGGAGAUUUGCUCAAUUCUACGCAUAGAAAUGCUGGAGGAGCACGUCCAGCAGAACCCUGCUGCCCUAGAGGCCUUUGCCACCAUCGCUCAUCAACUGCUGCAGGAUGUGCAGGAGCGUUUGGUUUUCCGAGCGCAUUUAUAUCUCCAGUCGGACAUUCAGAACUUCAAUCCAUCAUCAGGAGACUUGGCGUACCCGGAGAAGUUGGAAAUGAUGGAGAGCAUUGCCUUGUCGCUCCAAGAACCUCCCGCUUUGCGUCGAUCGGAUUCUCGCAACUCCAUGAUUUCUAGUGUUUCAAGUGCUGUGGAGACGGAGAGCGUGGACACUGCCUACAGGGUGAAGCAGAUGAAUUCCCCUGCUGAUCUGCACGGCAUGUGGUAUCCCACAGUGCGCCGAACACUGGUGUGUCUUUCAAGGCUUUACCGCUGCGUGGAUCGCCCCAUUUUCCAGGGACUCUCUCAGGAGGCUCUCAAGCUCUGCAUCCAGAGUGUCUCUCAUGCGGCGGGCAAGAUUUCAGCAAGCAAAACCCCCAUUGACGGCGAGCUGUUUGAAAUCAAGCAUCUACUCAUUUUGCGGGAACAGAUUGCCCCGUUCCGUGUGGAUUUUACGGUGAAGGAGACCUCGCUGGACUUUAGCAAGGUCAAGACAGCUGCGUUCGGUUUGCUGCAGAAGCGCAAGCAGCUCUUCUCCAUGGGCAGCAACAAUGCCCUCCUGGAAUUUCUGCUGGAGGGCACGCCGCAAAUCAAGGAGCAUUUGUUGGAUUCCCGAAAGGAAGUGGACCGUCAGCUGAAAUCGGUGUGCGAGAAAUACAUCAAAGAUGCGGUGCACAUGCUGGUGGGUCCGCUCGUCACAUUCCUGGAAAAGGCGCAGAGCCUGUUGUCGCAAUCCACCCCAGCAACUCAGCAAUUGCCGGAGUCCGCUAAAGCCAGUUACGCUUUGAGGCAGAGCCCGUGGGCCAGCCCGCAGCAGAUAAGCAGUAUCAUCCAGGAGACACAGCGGCUGAUAAAAGCAAAGUUGGCGGUCCUUCAGCGAUCUAUGCAGCUCUACCUGAGCAAUCGUGAUACGGAAUUCAUUAUAUUUCGACCGAUUCGGAACAACAUCAUCCAGUCGUUCGUGAAACUGGAACAACUUCUCACCACCAAUGGUUACUCCACAGAUGAUAUGAUCAUCACGAGUUGUCCGUCGGCGGAGCAAGUGUCCAUUCUGCUUUCUAGCGCCAGUAUAUUGGCCGCCGAAGGCGUCGCCAGUUUUGCAGCAGCAGCUCGGAAAAUCAGCACCUCUUCUUCGGUGGAAGGGCACCCUGUUGGCAGAAAGCUGAGCACGUUGUCCAACAAAUCCGAACUGGUGGAGCAGCCGAAGGCUGAAGCUGCUGCCCAGAUAGAAGUGGUUCCCGCGGAAGGACCGUCGACGGAAAAGAUCUUGGAUACACCUACGCAGGCCAUUUCCGAAUAAUUGCAAUCUAUCUUUUAUAAUUACUUGUAUCUAUUUAUGUAGCUAAGCCUUGUAUCAUAUUUAUCUGUUUAGAGUUGAGUAAGAUCGGUUUGCAAUAGGGCCAACUAGCUGAUUUCCCUUUCAAAUAUCCGUGUUAAACAACUCCAUCUAUGCUUUCCAAAAAUGUAGAGUUAACAUUGAUUUAUUUUUGCUAAACCACGUAGAAUGUGACGAAGUCGAAGUAAAUUACCAACAAAUAUUA